CUACUGAUAUCUCGUUUGACUUGUACAAAAAAUAUCCUAGCGUUUAAUGUUUAAAAGAAUUUAUUGCUUUAUCUUUGGUGUUGAUGACAAAUUUAGUGUCGAGUUUCAUAUCGUACACAAUCAGUGCGCGUUUUUCUUGUCCCGACAACCUGUUAUCUGCGAGGUGGUCGCGUCAAAUAUUGAUUAUUUCGUGAAGCCGGCUGCGGCCGACGCCGCUGAGAUCGUUGGUUCUCUUUGGACGUUGGUGCAUAUUUCGAAAAAAACAAAGAGUUGUAAAAAACGAUUCGUUCGCCGUACCAUCUCGGUGUCAAUGACCUCUUUACAAGGGAAUUCGUCUUGAGUUUCUUUUUCCACUGAUCUUAACCUUUAGCUAUGGUAUGGCAGGAUCUAGCUUCGCUUCCAACAAAGAUAGAAAUCAUGAAUACAGUGGCUAUGGAGAUGAACCUCGACGUAAGAGGGAGGACAAUAAUAAACCGAAUCACGUGCUUUUGUUCACAAUUAUCAACCCCGUUUACCCCAUCACAGUGGAGGUAUUACACACAAUUAGUACAUCUAGCGGACAAGUUCAGCGCAUCGUUAUCUUCAAGAAAAAUGGCGUUCAGGCCAUGGUUGAGUUCGAUUCAGUGGAGUCAGCGACGAGAGCGAAAGAAACUCUUCAUGGUGCCGACAUAUAUUCAGGAUGCUGUACACUGAAAAUUGACUUCGCUAAGCCAACAAAAUUGAAUGUCUACAAAAACGAUACUGAGAGUUGGGACUACACGACGCCAGCAUUGGGAUCAAGCACGCAUAAAAAUGACGCAACGGGAAAUGGAAGACCAGCUCCACUUUUAGCAGAGCCCAGGUAUGGAGCAGCACCACAACCAUACGGUUUACGUGUUCCAGGGUCUACACCGCAAGUUACGUUUCCCCCAGGCGCAGGACAUGAUCGUUAUGAAGAGACCUUCAAUGGUCCAACGACAUACGCGGAGCCAUACGUUGAACGAUAUGGACUUAAAAGUGAUUUUGGAAGUCGAGAGCCAUUACAUCCCACACCACCUCGGCCGGGUUACGUGCCGACUUUGGGUCAAACACCGCCGACAAGUACACAAGGUUCCGUAAUGAUGGUCUAUGGAUUACAGCCCGAUAAAGUCAAUACCGACAAACUCUUCAAUCUUUUCUGUCUUUACGGCAAUGUCACGAAGGUGAAAUUCUUAAAAACAAAGGAAGGUUGCGCAAUGAUCCAAAUGGGAGACAGCAUAGCUGUUGAAAGGUGUUUGCAGAAUCUGAACAAUGUCACAAUUGGUACGGAUGGCAAACUUCAAUUAGGAUUCUCGAAGCAAGCUUUCCUUUCGGACGUCACAAAUCCUUACAUUUUACCGGACAAGACAGCCAGUUUCAAGGACUUCACAGGAAGCAAGAACAACAGGUUUUUAAAUCCAGCGAUGGCCAAUAAAAAUAGGAUACAGCCACCAUCGAAGAUUGUUCACUUCUUCAAUACUCCACCUGAUCUAACUGAAGAAACUGUGAAUCGCGUCUUUGUGGAACGAGGCAUAGAAGCACCGACAACAGUCAAGCUAUUUCCUCUGAAAUCCGAACGGUCGUCGUCCGGUCUUAUUGAAUUCAGUAGUGUCGGUGUUGCGGUAGCUGCCAUAAUGGAGUGCAAUCACACCGCCCUCGAGAAUAGCAACGGUAAAUUCCCUUAUAUAAUGAAAUUGUGUUUCUCAUCGUCGCGCACCAUACCGACGAGUUUUCCACCAAGCAGUGGAAGUGCGUCCAGUAAUUCCGCCGGAAAUGGCCACACCAAAAUGCAGCAAGACUCGGAAUAGAACGGCGAGGCCCAGGGCCAGCGUCAGCGUCAACGCCAGCGCCCCUCUCUCGCCCUGCACCAGCUCUGUGCCCCGACGAGUAGCACGGCCCUGCAUCCAGCCACGGCGAUUACGCUGUCCCCGGUUAUGCCUCCCGUGCCUCCACCACUUCCUCCCACGUGUCUCUUGAUUGCCACUCCAACUCUCUAUCCUACGGUGCAACCACCGCCACCCCCGCCUCUUCCAACAUUUUGGCACUACUAAAUUAUCAAAACCAAAAAAAAAGAAACCAGAAAAGAAAAUUCCAAAAUCUCUCUCCCCAACAAAAAAACAAACAACUUUCCCCUAAGUUUUUAAUUUACCACACAUGGAUUUAAAAAAGCAAAACCGGAUUAAAAUCCCCUGCCGAUUUGGACCAGACUGAAGUUCCGGAUGAAAUCCACUCGUGUGCCGCUCUCUUUAAAAAAAAGCAGAAAUAAGUCAUGAAUUUUUUUUCUUUUCUAUUUCUGGGGACAAAUCAAUUUCACCAAAAAAAGCAAAUAUAUUCCAAUGAAAUGACUUUUACCCAAUAUUAUUGACAAAUAAAAGCAAUGUCUGCAAAACUUGAGUGAAACACUCAAUAAAAUAUCUUGUACAAAGUAUCAUUUUAUGACAAAAAAUUUUUUUUUACCAACUCUUUCAACUAUUUGAAAAAUCCAUUUUUUGACAAACUGCCCGUAAAGGAACGAACUCAAUUCUGCAAACAUUGCUUCAUUUGGAGUCGUUCGCCGACGCACGAUGACUCUAAAAAGAAAAAAAUAACCCUGAAGAGAAAGUUUAGCAGUGUUUAUCCGACAUACCAAAACUGCGAUUAUCGCCCAAUACAUAUCAGUUGAAAAAAACUGUCCACAGCUCGGAAAAUUAGAGAGAGAGAGAGAGGGAGAGCAUCAUUAAAAGGAGGAAAGAGAGAGGAAAGCACAAGACAGUAGGAAGUUUCUUGCAUAUCAUUUUUAUUUCCAUUCAUUGCAUCUAAUUGAUAUUAAAACUCCACAAUUAGAACCAAUUCGAAUUAUAUUAAUUAUUAAACAUGAAUAUAUUAAUUUUGUUACUAUAAAUCGAUCAUAAAAUUGAAUAUUACGAAAAUAUUCGAUAUUCGAAAAUAUUCGAAAAUAUCCCCAAAACUGAAUAUUACAAGAAAUAUUCAAAUAAUCGAAUAUUAGAAAAAAAUAUUCAAAAAAAAUUGACUAUUACGAAAACAUUCAUCAUGUAAAAAUCGAAUUAUUUUUUUUUUUAAAGCAAAAAGUGAGAGAAAUUUUUUUUAGUGAAUCGACUUAAAGGGGGGGGCAAAAUAAAAAUCCUAGGAAUUGUAUCGAUAUCUAUGAAAUUGGUACGUCAUCUAGACUGCUAACAGAAAGAAAAAAAAGAAUCUUAAAAGGUUUUACAAAAAGAAGAAAACGUAAUAAAAAUCGAUUUUCUCGGAAACUCCGAAGCUGUAGUGUUCAGGGUGCGACGAAUCGGUACACUCUCUGUUUCGCUGUUAUAAGAGAACCAGAAAUUUACUGCUCGUUCAAAUCAGUUUCGAGAAACUGUGAAUUGAAUUUUAUAUACAAAAAAAAAAUAAUAAUUAAAUAAUAAUGUCGAUGAUUAGUGUUCUUCGGCAAUAUUUUGUCAGGCCGAGGAAUGUUUUAUAUAAGAAAAGGUUUUAGAUCUCUGAAAAAUUACGAAGUGAACCAAAAUAAAAACUUGGCCAUACGUAAAAAUAAGAGAUUUUUUUCGAGGGGAAUAAAAAAAAACCCCCCUCAAAAAAGUGCGCGAGAAAUAUCCGCCAAAUUGUCCAUUGAUUGCAAGAGUGAGAGAAAGAGAAAUAGAGAGAGAGAGAGAAAGAAAGAGAAUGAAAGAAUGGGAGAGAUCUUUAAAAAAUUGAAAUAUUAAACUUAAAUAAGAAAAAAAAAAAUUUAUAUUCGAGGCAAUAUUUGUUACAAAUGCAACUAGAAAAUAAGUUGUAAACUUCAUAGAGAACUUCAUUAUAGGAAAAAUUUUAUUUAUUUAUUUUUUUUUUGUUUUGGUUGGCGAAGAAAAAGAUUUUUAUCGAAUAAUAAUGAAUGAUUCAUCUUUUGCAUCGAUGUUGGUGGGCGGAUGUCUUUCGGAUUUUUCCAUCCUCUCGCGUUUAUCGAGGAUUUUAAGCCUAACGAGGCACUAACUAGCAGUUUCACAUUAAUCCACCUGCGACGUAACAAUUUCAAUUUCCGAUUUUUAUUAUUUCUACAUACGUACACGAAAUGCAGUUUGCUUUUAUGAUGCCGUUACAAAGUUUUCGAAGCGGGGCACAUGAACCGUCAUUAACUUUAAUGGUCAUUUUGAAAAUUUCCAAAGUCAUUUUACAUU